CGCCAGUCCCCGAUCGCUGCCGCCGCCGCCGCGUGGAGCUGCGCUGCCCGCUCCCUGCCCGCUCCCUGCCCGUCCCAGCUCACCCCGAGCCGUGCCCCUGCGGGCCGGCGGCGCGGGGAUGGGCGCGGGGCUGUGAGGGCGCGGCGUGAGCCGUGGCCAUGGGGAACAUCUCGUCCAACAUCUCCGCCUUCCAGUCCCUGCACAUCGUGAUGCUGGGCCUGGACUCGGCGGGGAAGACCACGGUGCUGUACCGGUUGAAGUUCAACGAGUUCGUCAACACCGUGCCCACCAUCGGUUUCAACACGGAGAAGAUCCGGCUGAGCAACGGGACGGCCAAGGGCAUCAGCUGCCACUUUUGGGAUGUGGGAGGUCAGGAGAAGCUGCGCCCGCUCUGGAAGUCCUACAGCCGCUGCACCGAUGGCAUCAUCUACGUGGUGGACUCAGUGGACGUGGACCGGCUGGAGGAGGCCAAAACAGAGCUGCACAAGGUGACCAAGUUCGCCGAGAACCAGGGCACCCCGCUGCUGGUCAUCGCCAACAAGCAGGACCUGCCCAAGUCCCUGCCGGUGGCCGAGAUCGAGAAGCAGCUGGCUCUCCAUGAGCUCACCCCUUCCACCACCUACCAUAUCCAGCCCGCCUGCGCCAUCAUCGGCGAGGGGCUCACGGAGGGCAUGGACAAGCUCUACGAGAUGAUCCUGAAGCGGAGGAAGUCCCUCAAGCAGAAGAAGAAGCGGUAGAAGCCCCGCAAACGCGGGGAGGGAUUGGGGAAGCAGACAAAGGAACCGAGGGGGCGAGAGAACCAAAGCGAUUCUUUUGGGUUUAAUAGUUCCUAUUUUUUUUUUGUUUUCCUCCUUUUUUUUUUCGUUGCUUAUUUUUCUUCCCUCCUUUCCCAGUGCAAAGACAAUAGUGGUGAUAACAAAGCCGCUCCUGCCAGCCAAGCCCAGAUCCCGGCUGCGGGCGAUGAGCCGGGAUCUCUCCCCUUUCCCACCGCCCCUUUCCGAGAACCACCGUGCUCCCAAGGGCCGGAUCCGGACGGAAACAUGCUUUUGGGGCGAGACCCCCUCCAUCCUUCGGGACCACCAAGCUUUUGUGUGCGGGGGGGGGGUGUGUGUGUAUGUGUGUGAACAGGGCAGGACCCUGUUGAAGUGCGUUUGAGAGGAGCCCAGUGUGCUUCUGGAUCUUUAACGUGUACAUUUUGGGGGGGGGGGGUGAAAACAGCGCCAGGGCUCGGCAAGGUCAGCGGUGAGGGGGCUUCAAGCUGCGCCCCGAUGCUACUGCAUCCCGCUGCUUCCCGCUGCAUCCCUCCAUUUGUCGGUGGGAAGGGGUGUUGAAAGCCGAAGGGGGGGCUGGACCAGCACAAAAUGUCGGUGUGUGUGUGGGGGUGAUGGGUGAGGAGACACACACCCACCCCGCAGGCUGGUGUUUUAGGGUGCAGAUGUGUGCAGAGCAAGGACAGGCAGCCUUCAGCCCUAUAAGGCUGCGGUGCCAGGGGUGCUUAGCUGACUGGUGCUGAGCUUUAAGCUGUUUGCUUGGAAAAAGCAGAUAAGAAAGACAAGGAUUUGGGAUGAUGCUGCUGGAAGCAUCACGAGGGUCUCCCAGGAGCGCCCCAUCUCAAAGACUCAGCGUGUCACCUUCUGAAGCAAAGCCCCGAGCGGGUCUUUAUUGUGCUCAGCUCCACGGUGCUCAUUUGCUUCCAGCUGGGGUGAUCCAAACUAGGGGUUAGGGAAUAAAACCAAGCCAAAAGCAAGCUCUGUGGUACUGGUCACGCUGGGUGAGCAGUCAGGGCACAGCUUGCUAAAGGCAGGUUUGAGGGGGGGUCAUGGCAGGGUGGGAUGGACAGCUCGGAUGGCCAGAGCUUGCAAAAUCUCUGCUGGAAAGGGACUCGGCAGUGCCGGGAAUAUGGCAGGGUGUGAGGAGACAUGGAAAUGGGGGUGGGUAACAUGGGGGGGGGAGGUUAGUUUUAUAUAUAUAUGAAGAUUUAAACCCGAUUCACAGCAGAAAGCCCCUUGCUGCCUCUGCCUGCUGAGUGCCUGGGGCAGAGAUAGGCCUUCCUGUGUCAUAGAAUCACUGAAUGGUUUGGGUUGGAAAGGACCUUAAGAUCAUCCAGUUCCAACCCCUGCCAUGGGCAGGGACACCUUCCACUAGAGCAGGUUGCUCCAAGCCCCUGUGUCCAACCUGGCCUUGAAAAAGGCCUUCUGUAGGUGAACAUUUUGGUACCUGGAUGGGACUGGGGCCCAAAAGCCAUUUGCUGUGUGUGUUUUUGGCCUGGGACCCAGCCCUCCCUGGCUUCCCACGCUGCCCCUAGAGCAGAAGCAGGCAGCCCUCAGGGUCCUGAUAUCCCGAGUUUAGAGCCAUGCAGCGCGGCAGGGUUCUUUCCUGGUGAUUUUGCACCAGCUUUCCCAUUUGAAAACCCCUUUCCCAGAGCAGCCAAGGGGAAAGCACCGAGCAGACAAAAGGAAAAUGCCCUUCAGGUGUCAGGGAGUUGAUUCUCCCCUUUGCAGCGACGAGCGCGGCACCUUCCCAAUAGCGGCUUUUGGGGUGGUUGGGGUACACGAGUCGCAGCUUGUGCGCUGAGUGGGCUGGUCCCAUCAGCUCAGGUGGCUCUGUUCCCGCUCCCUUGGCUUUGCUUUGCUUUGUCUUCACCUCGAACGCUGGCACUUGUUGUCGAGAGAGGAAAAAGGAACUUAACACAUUUCUUUUUGAUGCCACAGAAGCCACAUGCAUCGAUCUUUUGUUUUGGAGGCGAAAUGUAAAGCUGUGCUUUCCCCGCGAGCAAUCGGGUUUAUAAAGGCAACACGUGCAGGGGUUUGCUUCCUUGUUGUACAGCUUGGAUUAGCAAAUACUGGUUUGGGAAGCCUGGUGGCAUGUAUCUCUGGAGCUCGGUGUUGGUUAGAGCAUCCCCUUGGAGACGUGGCAGAGCACAGCGAGCUGGAGGGUUCAGCUGAGCCGAGGUGGGAUGCUGCGGCGGUGCCGUUCCCACCGACUCUGCUUUCUGCAAUAAUUAAACAGACUUUCCCAAUGGCUUCCGUGGUAUUCCCGUGACGUUUCCCAACCCCGUGCCGAUUCGUUCCCCCUGUAUGAAGACGCGCGUCGCCGGCGGUGGCCUGGAAGAUGUGCCUCAGCAAAGCAGUGGUGAAGGGAAAGCGCUUGGGUUGUGGCUCUGGAAACGAGCUGGGUUCUUUGGAAGGUUGUGGGUCUUGACAUAGGUUUGAAUGACCGUUUUUGGGUUUAACUGAGCAGCUCUCAUGAGGUACCACUCUCAUUUCCCAGGUACCUCUGCAGUGUUCCCAUCAGUGUUGGGUAUCCCGUGUCCUACCCCUGCCAUUGUCCGUCAGUCUCUGUUCCUCCUUGUCUUUCCUUCUUUUGUUUUUUAAAAGAUGCAGACAUAAUGCUGUGAACUGAAAUAAAUUAUUUAUACAAUGAAA